GGCUCCCAGAGUGCAACGCGCCGGGGGGCGGGACGGUGUGAAGCGGCGGCCCGGAAGGCGGAAGUGCCGAGCUUCCGGUCGUCUGGAGCGUGUGUGCCGUUAAGGUUGAACCUGAGAUAAAAUAUGGCUAAAAGCUUGCGGAGUAAGUGGAAAAGGAAGAUGCGUGCUGAAAAGAGAAAAAAGAAUGCCCCAAAGGAGCUUAACAGACUUAAAAAUAUUCUUAAAGCAGAUACUGAUGUUUUAAUGAAAGAUGUUCAUGAGAUAGCAACUGUGGUGGUCCCCAAACAUUCUGAAGAGAAAACCCAUUGUGUGGUGAAAGAUGACAAAGAUGACAUGAAAAUGGAGACUGACAUUAAGAGAAACAAAAAGAGUCUUCUAGACCAGCAUGGACAAUAUCCCAUAUGGAUGAACCAGAGGCAAAGAAAAAGGCUGAAGGCAAAGCGAGAAAAAGCAAAGGGGAAAAGCAAAGCAAAAGCAGCAAAGGCGGCUAAGGGUUUGGCCUGGUAGACUUUUGAAAACUUGAAAAGUGCCCCAUGGGACAGAUCUUUGAUCAGAAUGUAUACACCUGUUUCAGCUUCUAUCAAAUGAAAACCUUGCUUUCGUUUUUUAACUGGGCCUUUUUUUUCAAACCCAACAUAACAUCUCAAAUUUGUUUUAGGAAUUUGAAUAAAAUACUGCCUUCUGUGAAUGAAAGCUGUACUUACAUUUAAGUUGGAUGCUAUCUAAUAUACAGGGAUUGGAUUACCAGACAUCAAAAUUCUAUCAAAUAUUAAUGUGGUUGUGGUUUUUGGUUUUAGUAAAGAUAAGUGAUAUUAUACUAACUCAAAUUAAAGAAGAAGAAUUAGUGUUAUUUUAAAAUGUAAUGUCAGUGGAUCUUAUGAGAAGUACUUAUUUGGAGUUUUGAAUUUGUAUAAUUCAUAAUAAAAGGUAUUUUGUUUAGAUUGUGAA